AUGUCCCCUGUGUGUUUCGCAACAGGGACGGUAACUUGCGCGUGACCUAGCCUAAAGUGACGGUAAACUUGCUCAGCAUCUACCUCAACCCCCUCCUUCCCCACCGCGACCCUGUGUCAAGACAGAGCCAAGGAGACAGGAGGCGGGAGCGGACGUAAGACCGUGACGCAGCCGAACACCCGCAACUGGGCGCACCACUACUCUCUCUGGUUCACAACGUACGCAGGAAUAAACAGGGGCUGGCUUGGCUUUUAAGGCACCUUGAUAUUCUCAAGCGCGUCAGAUUGUUUGUAGUAAGGGAUUAUGCGCUCAGGGGGUCGAUCUCACCCUCCCAGACACCAGUUCACUGUCAGAACCGGUCGGCUGUCUGACCUGGGAUUAGGUGCAGUGGACGACAGAGCUAGGGAGUUCGUCUCCGCGCGCCCCACGUACGACCCGGUCUCCAUACGCACACGCACACACGAGGGGAACAGACCGCUCAGACGUCACACACACACAACGGGGAAGCCUCCUGGAGAAAUGAGUCAAAUGGCACACUCCUCACCUACGUGAGAGGUGCCGGUGAUGUGUGAUCGGGUACAUUAAGAAUGACAUAGGGGUGCGCACCAAUCGCGUUAUGGAAUCCACUUGUCGCGUUGUUCUUUAGGGAUCCCUCUUGAGCCCGCCAGCAGCCGUACAGCUGCCGGCUACCCCUAGGGAAUCCACAGGACACCUAUUUAUUUCUGCUUUCAUAAUGCCUCCGAGCCCUAAACGCCUUUUCCUUGUACGCUUUUAGCCUCCAUUAAAUAGCCCCACCAUACGGUUACUCAAAGUGAGCACUUCGGUUUGUCCACCGGAAGGAAUUAACGCUUCUGACCGCGAACACAACCACGACCUCGUCGUCAUUGUGAAAUCAGCCGUCUACAACUUCGAGGACAGACAAAACUUUCGCAGAUUCUACGCCAAUCUGCGAAACGAGAGCGGCGCUAAACUGCCUUAUCGCAUAGGAGUAGUGUUCGUGGUGGGCCUGCCAAUAAGCGCAAGCAGCAAUUCCUUCCAACGCGAUGGUUUCAACAUCUCACUGCCCGGUCGCGCCGGCAACUCGCUCGUCAACAUUGUAAACCGCCGCGCCCAGAUUCGAACUCGCCUAGAGCAGGAGAUGCGUGAACACGAUGAUCUCAUCGUGGGCGACUUCGAGGACACCUACUAUAAUCUGUCUCUGAAGAUGCAUCACACCUUCGUGUGGGCGGCCAGGUUCUGUCGCGAACGUCCUGCCUUCAUGUUCCUCGACGAUGACAUUGGUUUCAAUGAGAAGCGCCUCCAGACCGUUCUGUCCAGUCUGCCGGUGGAUUGGCGGCGCAGAGAUUCCAUUUCGAAUACUCACUGGAAUAGUCCCACCGUGCGUCCUACCGAUUCUCCUGCAUAUCGGAAGUGGGCACUGUCGAAGCGGGAGGUUCCGUGGCCAGUGCAUGCGCCCUACAGCAACGGUUACUUUUACAUGCUUGGUUACGAUCACGUGGCGGAUCUGGCGUUGGCCAUGUCCUUCACCAAGAGCCUUCCCAUUGACGAUGUCUGGUUGGGUCUGGUGAUGCAUAGGAUUGGCCUCCAUUUCAACUUACCAACUGGGAUCACCAGCUCCAUGAAGCAUCAAGCCAAUGUCAGCGGGUAUAUUGUUUUACCCCUUAAUUCCCUUCUCAGUGCAUCGACGCAAAAGCAACUGUAGGACAGAUCGAUUGAAAAAAAAUGCUGGUAGUCAUGACAACCAGGGAAAAACACCUUCCAGAAACCCUAAAGACGACGUCUGCAUGUCCUUGUUGUAACUUCAACACGUUUUGGUCGCUUUUUAUACAUCAUCGCGUACGAGUUUUGCUCUUCGAAUGGUUGUUUGUAACUGAUUGAGUAAAUCCCUGAAAAUUUCCUCAAGUCAGCUCCGUUUUGCUAAACCUUUCAUGUGUGUAUUUUACAAAAAAAUGAUCAUUCGUCGAUGAAUUGGACGAUGCAUUUCUCGGUGCUGUGCGAAACGAAGGCGAAUCCAAUGAAACGAUGCCUAGCCUCUGCUGUGCGCCCGCUAUGAGGCUGCUGGUUGGGCUCGAGAAGAGCCCUUAAGGCACAACGGAACGAGUGAGUUCCGUAUCCACGAUCGGUGAGCACCCCCUAACAUUGUGUAUUCCCGAUCGAAAACCGACAGGGCAACGGGCUCAUUGCCCGGUGGGUAGAGGCGUGGACUUCUAAACCUACAGGUCGCGAGUUCGAGGCUCGGAUGUUUUACACUUCGGGCUUGGGUAUGGCUGGCUGACGACGGCUUAUAAGUCGGAAAUGGCCAUUUCAGUCUCCCUUGUCUUUGUCGGUAAUACCAUUCUGCCUAUAUAUCAUGCGCCGCUGUGCGGCUGCUGGUUGGGCUCGAGAUGGAUUUCUUUGAGAAAAUACAAAACGUGUUGUGUAGAUUUCCGAGAUUGGUUCUCCAGCUCGUCUUAGGACUAUGAGUGUACAAAAGCACUUAACUUCUAGACUGAGUCUAACAAAGGAUUUCAUGAUUGGUUAAAGUCUGCAUCAAUGCGUGCUAUUUGCAAUUUCUCACCUCCAGGGAAUUUGUUGGACCAGUCUGAAUCCGUCCUAAACGAUUUUCUGUGUAGUAUCUAGAUCGAGUUGGGGAACCAGUCUCGAAAAUCUACACAAUAAAGUUUACAGUCUUCCGAAAAAUUCUGUCCUUCUUAUUAGAUUUCUUAGGAUACCUGUUUUUCAGUUCAUACAUACAUAUGAUAGAGAGGUGUUCACUGAUCGUUUUUUACGGAACUCACUCGUCCCGUUGAGCCUUAGGGCUCUCUAUCUAGCCCAACCAGCUGCCGAAUUGCGGAGCGGGAGAUAGGAUCGAGUCCCACUUCAGGGUUCGGUGUGACUGCCUGGCGACGGCUAAUGAGCCCGAAAUGGGCAUUCCAGUCUCCAUGGUUUUGCUGAUAACGUAUUUCUGCCUUAAGGGCUCUCUCUCGAGCCCAACCAGCAGCCGCACAGCGGCGCAUGAUAUAUAGGCAGAAUGAUAUUACCGACAAAGUCAAGGGAGACUGGAAUGGCCAUUUCUGGCUUAUUAGCCGUCGUCAGCCAGCCAUACCCAAGCCCGAAGUGUGGAACACCCGAGCCUCGAACUCGCGACCUAUUGGUUUAGAAGUCAACGCCUCUACUCACCGGGCCACGAGCACGUUGCCCUGUCGGUUUUCGAUCGGGAAUACACAAUGUUAGGGGGCGCUCACCGAUCGUGGAUACGGAACUCACUCGUUCCGUUUUGCCUUAAGGGCUCUCUCUCGAGCCCAACCAGCAGCCGCACAGCGGCGCAUGAUAUAUAGGGAGAAUUAUAUUACUGACAAGGACAAGGGAGACUGGAAUGGCCAUUUCUGGCUUAUUAGCCGUCGUCAGCCAGCCAUACCCAAGCCCGAAUGUGUGCUAACUCAUGAAAUGUUAACGGAAAUUCCGAAAGUCUUUUCGACUCGAAAAGAUGUUUGAGUGGGAUUGUAAUAAUAAUUGUCAUGUUGGCUUUGGAAAGAACUUCUUUUCGGUCGCCUGCAAAAAUUGCGCUCGGUAAAAAAAGAACUACUUAUGUAAAAUGAAAUUUUUUCCUUGAUUUUCUGUUAACUUAUAACUUCAAAUAUAUGUCAUAGAAAAUAUGCACACAAAUAUUCAUUGUAUUAAUUUUGUGGAAAAUUACGUCUUUUUCAAAUUUCAUACUAGAAUGAACGUUAUAAUUCGCUUUUAAAAUUUUUUUCCAAUUUCCGAAUAAUUUCGAACUCGUCAUGCUGUUACUUUUGCUUUCAGGGUUUAAAAACUACAAGCUGUAUAUUUUUCGUGUACGAAAAACCACUCAUUGAUCUACCGUUCUAAGAUAGACCGUAUACAUUUGUCAGUGAACUUGAACCAUAUUGUCAACUAUACAAGCAAUAUUAGUAAAUGAAGAGACAUUUCGCGGUCUUAGAAAACCUCAUAGACAGAAACCGUUUUAAAGACCAAAUUGUAGCCCCCCGUCAAGUAUGAACUUUGUAGGUGUAAUUUUCUACUAAAAGUGGGAAAGAAUGGUUAGUAUCAUGCAUGUUUCCUACGAAAUGUAUUUGAAUUCAUAGGGGCAUUGAAAAUCAAUGAGUAAUAUCCACACCAAUUAAGUAGUCUUUUUUACAGAUGUGUAGAUUUUGCAGGCGGCCGAAUAGAAGUUCGUGCAAAAGCCGGUAUCGCAAAGAAGUCGGAAUACCUUGAGACUAUGCUACAUACUAAUGAAUAUUCCACUCCUACUUAAGUCAUCUUUUCGAGUCGAAAUGACAUUUCACAAUUUCGGUCAAAAUUUCAUGUGUUAGCUCAUCUACGGUAUGUGAUUGAUGUUCUGAAAAUUGUUUACUGCUGAUCUUACAGUGCGCUCUUAAGCGUUGUUGCUUACAAUUUUUUGUGCCCAAUCAGGCCUAUGCCCACAUGUAUUCUGUAGUCCCAGCGCAGAAUACGUGAAAGUCGGUGUAAUCUGCUGAGGUCUAGAGGGAAUUCCGGGGUAUUGCGGAAGGUCAAGGGGCAUCUGGAUUUGCUCUGGCAACGAACACACACGCAGUUCUAUAUGACCUUGAGAGGAACAAUUUUUGCAAAUGCGGCUUCUAUUUCCAGUCACGCUUCCCAGUCCCUAGGAAAUACGAUUUUUGACCCAACUCCUUUGAGAUGACGUUGGAGACUGAGGCGAGAAUUUCUAGGCAGUAGAACGUUGGACAUUGUACUCAUUCGCAUAGCUCCUUCAAACAAAAUAUCCGAUUUUCUUUUUGAACAUGCGUCUAAGUAAUUUUAUCAGCGAAAAUGAUUAGAAGUUUGACCAUAAAUUGACCAAACACAUGUUUUGGCAGUUUUUGACGUUAAUGGCCGUUUCUCUGACUUAGAGAGAGAGAGUGAGAGAAAGAGAGAGAGAGGGAUUCCCUAUAUUUUAAAAUAGCAAAUUCAAAAUUUCCAGCAAAAUUGGCUCCAUUCACUAUGGGCAGUAAAAAAGUUAAUAGAUUAUCCAGGAGUCAAAAAGGUUAACAUAUAAAUAAUUAUUAUUAUGAUGACAGUUAAAGUCUCACGAUGAUCUCAUCGCGGGCGACUUCGAGGACACCUACUACAAUCUGUCUGUGAAGAUGCAUCACACAUUCGAGUGGGCGGCCAGGCUCUGUCGCGCACGUCCUGCCUUCAUGUUCCUCGACGAUGACAUUGGUUUCAAUGAGAAGCGCCUCCAGACCGUUCUGUCCAGUCUGCCGGUGGAGUACUCGAGUACUCGCUGGAAUAGUCCCACAGUGCGUCCCACGGACACUCCGGCCGUCCGAAAAUGGGCACUGUCGAAACGGGAGGUUCCGUGGCCAGUGCAUGCGCCCUACAGCAAUGGAUACUUUUACAUGCUUGUUUACGAUCACGUGGCGGAUCUGGCUUUGGCCAUGUUCUACACUAAGCGCAUUCCCAUUGACGAUGCGUGGUUGGGUCUGGUGAUGCAUAGGAUUGGUCUUCAGUUCGAGUUGCCAGCUGGGAUCGUGUACUCGUUAAAACAUCGGGAAAAUGUCACCUGCUAUAUCGCCUUGCCCCUCCAAUCUCUCCUGAGCACAUACAUGCGAGGACAACUGUAG